UCAGUUGAUAUUUGCCCAACUUCAGAACGGUGGAAGCGUCACGAUUAUUGCAAGCUAAUUGUCAUGGCUUCAGAACGUUAUAGUUUUUCGUUAACUACAUUUAGCCCUUCUGGGAAAUUAGUUCAAAUAGAAUAUGCCUUAGCCGCAGUAGCUGCAGGUGCUCCAAGUGUUGGCAUUAAGGCAUCAAAUGGAGUUGUACUUGCAACCGAAAAUAAACAUAAAUCAAUACUUUACGAUGAACAUAGUGUCAAUAAAGUUGAAAUGAUUACAAAACAUAUCGGUAUGGUUUAUAGUGGUAUGGGACCUGACUACAGGUUACUUGUCAAACAAGCCCGUAAAAUGGCUCAACAGUAUCUACUGGUUUAUCAGGAACCUAUUCCCACUGCACAAUUAGUUCAACGAGUAGCUAUGCUUAUGCAGGAGUAUACACAAUCUGGCGGUGUCAGACCAUUUGGAGUAUCUUUAUUAAUCUGCGGUUGGGAUAAUGGCAAGCCUUAUCUAUUUCAAUGUGAUCCAUCUGGUGCAUAUUUUGCAUGGAAAGCAACUGCCAUGGGAAAAAAUUUUAUCAAUGGCAAAACAUUCCUCGAGAAAAGAUAUAGCGAAGAUUUAGAAUUGGAUGAUGCUGUCCAUACUGCCAUUCUUACAUUGAAAGAAGGAUUUGAAGGUCAAAUGACUGCAGAUAAUAUUGAAGUUGGGAUUUGCGAUGCUAAUGGAUUUAGAAGAUUGGAUCCUUCUAAUGUUAAGGAUUAUCUUGCUAGCAUCCCUUAAUUUUAAAUUAAUUUCAUUAUUGUAAUAUGAUUGCGGAAUUUAUAUAUAUAUAUAUAUUAUUAAAAAAAAACUAAGUUCUUAUACAAUAAAAUGUACUUUCAAA